AUGAACAGCCGAAUGGGCGCUAGUCUUCCUCGCGUCUCCGACGGCGUGCAAUUCGCUUCGCCUCCGAGAGAACUCGACAAGUUGCAGAACCAGAGCGGCGGAGCCGAACUCCAAAUGGACCCAGUGCCGGGUUCGACCAGAACCUAUUUGAAACCCGAGCGAUUCGAGCGUGCAUGCUUCCGCCUCUUGGAGUUGGAGAAGCAGUUCAAGCAGAACAAAUACCUUUCCCGGCCCAAGAGGUUCGAGGUCGCCACUGCCCUCAUGCUCACCGAAACCCAGGUGAAAAUCUGGUUUCAAAACCGGCGGAUGAAGUGGAAAAGGAGCAAGAAAGCCCAGCAAGAAUCGAAGGGGAAGUCAGGGGAAGAAAAGAAGAAAGGAGAGCGAGGAGGAGGAGGAGGAGGAGGGGGAGGAGGAGAAGAUCGCGAAGAAGGCGUGGGAACUAUCGCGACGGCGGCAGUGACAUCCACAGUCACUGCACCGGACAGUACCGCAGUGAUGGUGACCCGCGGCGGGAAUUUUCCCGCCCCGCCCCCUGCCCACAUCAACAGCCAAUCAGCGCCCAGAUCCACGCUCCCUUUCCCCGCCCUCCCCGACCCAAUCUACAGGCCGUAUGUCAUGUGA